CCCAUAAUUCCACACACGCAAGUCUGCGUGUCACCUGUGGUGAUCAUCACUCCUCCAAACUCCAAUCCAACCCACCAGCAAUUCGCCUCCACACAAAAAACAACAGUCCCACAAAAUCCCAAAAAUGAAAUUUACAAAUUCAAAUUCUGGUGGUCGAGAUUCGAUGCUCUGUUCAAGCUUCUACUGGGGCGUUCACCUCGACGAAUCGCAUCCAUGGCCGGCGUCGCUUCCGCAGGUGGAGGGGUCAGCAUUGGAGUCACCAAGCUCCACCCCCGCCACUCCAAACCCUGUUCUCCAUUUCUCGGCAACAAGCUGCUCAAACUGAAGCCGAAAUCGCCCUCCGAAUUGGCCUCGUUUUGGAGAAUAUCCGUCCAGAAUCCGAGGAGGGCAGUGGUUUCGGCUCUGGGCGGGGAGCUGAUCGAUGCGGUUCACAAUGUGUUUGUGGGGGUGGGAGUGGGGCUUCCCUGUACGGUGAUGGAGUGCGGCGAUAUCAUAUACAGAAGCACUCUCCCAAAGUCCAAUGGGCUGACCCUCACAAUCCCUGGUGCCGUUCUUGCUUUGGGUACUCUUUCUUAUCUCUGGGCCACUCCCGGAGUGGCUCCUGGCUUCUUUGACAUGUUUAUUCUUGCUUUCCUCGAGAGGAUUUUCAGACCCUCUUUCAAAAAGGAUGAUUUUGUUUUGGGCAAGAAGUUGGGAGAAGGAGCUUUUGGUGUGGUCUACAGAGUGUCACUGUCUAAAAAUCCUUCAGAGAAGAAGGAAGGUGACCUCGUCUUGAAAAAGGCUACGGAGUAUGGUGCAGUUGAAAUUUGGAUGAAUGAGCGAGUGCGACGAGCUUGUGCUAACAGCUGUGCAGACUUCGUGUAUGGCUUCCUUGAGAAUUCUUCAAAGAAAGGAGGUGGCGAAUAUUGGCUCAUAUGGAAGUUUGAAGGGGAAUCUACAUUGGCAGAUUUAAUGCAAAGCAAAGAGUUUCCCUAUAAUGUAGAGAGGAUGAUUCUCGGCGAGGGCCAGCAGUUGCCUAAAGGAUUUGAAAGGGAGAAUAGAAUCAUUCAGACGAUAAUGAGACAGCUCUUAUUUGCAUUGGAUAGUCUUCACUCGACCGGGAUUGUGCAUAGGGAUAUCAAGCCACAAAAUAUCAUUUUCUCUGAAGGAUCUCGCACUUUCAAAAUUAUUGAUCUUGGAGCUGCAGCUGAUUUGCGAGUUGGUAUUAACUAUAUUCCGAAGGAGUUUCUAUUGGACCCAAGAUAUGCUGCCCCAGAGCAAUACAUCAUGAGCACACAGACUCCAUCUGCUCCCUCAGCGCCCGUGGCAACUGCACUUUCCCCAGUCCUAUGGCAGAUGAACCUCCCAGAUAGAUUCGAUAUCUACAGUACCGGUCUCAUCUUCUUACAGAUGGCAUUUCCAGCAUUACGGUCAGAUAGCGGCCUCAUACAAUUCAACCGUCAGUUAAAGAGGUGUGACUAUGACUUAGUUGCAUGGAGGAACAGUGUAGAGCCUCGUGCCAGCUCUGACCUAAGGAAGGGCUUUGAAUUGUUGGAUUUGGAUGAAGGAAUAGGAUGGGAACUCCUGACAUCAAUGGUCCGAUACAAAGCACGGCAAAGAACGAGCGCGAAAGCAGCUUUAGCUCACCCGUACUUUGACAGGGAAGGUUUAUUGGCUCUGUCCUUCAUGCAGAAACUGAGGCUGCAAGUCUUCAGAACUACACAACAGGACUACACUGAAGCUGCUAAUUGGGUCAUUCAGCUAAUGGCAAAAUCAGGAACUGAACAGGAUGGUGGCUUCACUGAAGCUCAGCUUCUGGAGCUCAAAGAAAUGGAACCAAAGAAGAAAGCAAGUGCUGAAAGAAAUGUUCUCGCUUCAGUUCUUAAGCUGCAGCGGAAAAUCUUAAGAACAUUAAACGAGAGCAUGGACGAGCUAAGCCGACGAAGCAAGAGCUUGUGGUGGAGUAGAUGGAUUCCCAAAGAGGAAUGAAGAUGAUUGUGUGUAUGUAUAUAUUUUGCAAGUUUUCUUUUUUUACUUCUUUUUGUUGUAAAUUUUGUGUUGCCAUUCUAACUACAUACAAUUGAAGAUAUAGAAGCUGAAAUCUUACAGAUACAA